AUGCUGCCAGUGGCUACGGCAAUCUUCUCAGCCGCCCUUGCGGCCUUGAUUUGGUGGCUUCUAACUCCUUUCAGGACAGGUUUGCGAUCCAUUCCUGGUCCGUGGUUCCGCCAAUAUACAGAGCUUUUCCAGGUCUACGAUGCCUACAGGGGACGAACUGGUCAGGCUACUCAAAGCCUACACAGAAAAUAUGGUCCGGUUGUGCAAAUAGGGCAUCGGACUGUCAGCUUCUCCGACCCCGCCAUGAUUGAUGUCGUAUAUAGCUACCGAAAUCCACUUCCAAAGGGAAAGGAUUGGGCCGCGAUGAACCACGAAUUGGACGGAAAGACCAUUCCCAGCAUCAUCAACUCUCUGGAUGCGAAAACUCAUACUGCUAUCAAACGUCCAAUUGCAGGAAUUUUCUCCAUGUCGAAUGUAACAAAGUCAGAGGUCUUCAUCAAUUCAUCAAUUAAGGAUCUUGUCAGGCAAUUCAAUCAACAGUUCAACGGCGAAAAUUGUGGAAAAUCUUUCUCGAUAUCGGGUUGGAUGCACUCGUUCGCAUAUGACUGUGUCAUGAAGCUUACAUUGUCCUCCGAUCUUGGUUUGAUGAGUGGAGAUGCCGACCAUGCAGCCAUGUUCAAAGGCGUUGAUACUGCUCAGACAUUCCUCGCUAUGGCUCUCGUCAUGCCCCAGCUUCGUACAAUCUUACGAAAUACGCCACUGUUCAAGAUAUUCCUCGCUCGCCAGGGCUCGUUCGCGCGUGUUGCACGGGAAACAAUUCAGACGCGUACCGAAAAUGGCGGCUAUACUACGGAGGAGACUGCAGAUCUGAUGUCUGCUUUUGUUGAGGCACAGAAAAAACACCCAGAUGUGGUAUCGGAUCUCGUCCUCAACGGCUACGUGACCUUACCCAUCUACGCCGGAUCCAACUCGGUGGCCGUCGGUCUGACAUCUAUUCUCUACUUGCUUGGCAAACAUCCUAGGGUACAGGAGAAGCUGCACAAGUCACUUGUCGAGUCAGGACUUCCGAUGCCGCCUCCGUGGUCUCAGAUUUCUAAGCUCACAUAUCUCGAGGCGGUCAUCCGGGAAUGUUUUAGGUAUCACCCGGCCACUGCAUUGCUAUCUCGGCGAAUUGUACCUCCAGGCCCUGGUCUGACACUUCCUGAUGGGCGUGUUAUACCUCCUGGCACGACAGUCGCUGUCAAUGGAUGUGUCACUCAUUUCCACAAGGAAACCUAUGGAGAUGAUGUUCACUCCUUUAGACCAGAGCGCUGGCUAAGGGACGAUAAUGAAAGCGAAGCUGCUUACAACUAUCGUCUGCAAAAAAUGCAUAAGGCAGACUUGACGUUUGGCCACGGCGAAUGGAUUGAGCUUGCUGAUUCGGCAAAAGAGUGGGAAGUGCGUGAAACAAUCCUACGAAAACAAGUUGGCGUUGACGCAAAAUUGUCGUUCAGGCCAGGGAGGAGCUUGGCUGACCUUGCGCCCUGA